AUGGCUCCCUCCCAGGGCGACAAGAAGAUGUUCAUUUCGGCGGAGACCGGCGAGUCGCUUACAACCGCCCAGCAGUGGGCCACCGUGGAGCUGUUUGCCUCCAAGCUCUACCAGCUGGGAAUUGGCCACUCUCUGCGCCCCAACAGCGACGCCCACUUGGGAGACGUGGUGUUGCUCUACGUCAAGAACAGCAUCUACAUCCCUGCAGCCCACUGGGCGCUUCUGGAUCUGGGCGCCACCGUGGCCCCCGCAGCCGCUGUCUACAAGGCCCGGGAUCUUGUGCACCAGAUCGAGCUGGUCAAGCCCAAGCUGAUUGUUUGUGACGCAGACCUCAAGAGCGAGGCUGUGGAGGCGCUCAAGAUUCUGUCCAAGAAGAUGCCCAUCGUCACAAUGGAGGAGCUGCGACAGCCCGUCAAGAAGCUCAAGCAGCGCCAGCGGUUCCGACUGUCGCGACCCGAGGCCGCCAAGCGAGUGGCAGCCCUGGUCAUGUCGUCGGGCACCUCUGGCGGUCUGCCCAAGGCCGUGCGUGUCACCCAUCAUGUGGUCACCUCCAACGCGCAGUGCUCGGCAAUUGUGGCUCCCGAUCUCUUCGACGACCCCACCAACGUCAUCUCCGCCGUGCUCCCCAUGUCCCACAUUUACGGCUACUUCAAGUUUUUGUUUGCGUGCUUCUACACCGGCGAGACCUGUGUCGUGCACCAGUCGUUUGAUCUCAAGGCUGUUCUCGACGCCCAGCAAAAGUACGGCAUCACCUCCUUCUUCAUGGUGCCCCCCAUCAUCAUUGCGCUCGCCAAGUCGCCCAUUGUGGACGAAUACAUCCCGUCGCUGCAAAAGCUGCGUUUCAUCACAUCCGGAGCGGCUCCUCUCGGUGGAAACGUCAUCGAGGACGUCAAGCGACGGCUGGGAUCCCAUAUCGCCGUCACCCAGAUGUACGGCAUGACCGAGAGCAUUCUGUCCACCUGCUUCAACCCCUCGGACGCCGACGUGGCCUCCCGGUCUGUGGGCAAGCUGUGCGGUAACAUUGAGGCCCGUAUCGUUGGACAUGACGGCGUGGACCAGCCUGCAUACAACGAGACCGACCCCGACAAGAUUGACGCUGCUUUCAAGCGGGGCGAUGCUCUGCCCAGCGGCGAGCUGUGGCUGCGAGGUCCCGCCAUCAUGGCUGGUUACCACGGCAAUUGUCUUGCCAACGAGGAGUCGUUUGUGGACGCCUCGGACGCGGCCACGGUGCCCCAUUACCACCGCAAGUGGCUGCGAACGGGCGAUGUGGCCGUUAUCGACGUCAAGGGCCGAAUUGUGAUUGUUGACCGGACCAAGGAGAUGAUCAAGUCCAUGGGCAGGGCCGUGGCGCCCGCGGAGAUUGAAGCUCUGCUACUUUCCCACCCUCAGGUGAUGGAUUGCGCCGUUAUUGGCGUGCAUGUGCCUGAAAAGGGCACCGAGGCCGCACGUGCAUUCCUGGUGCUACGGGACGCGCAGGCCAGUGUGGCCCGCGACGUGGCCGCGUGGCUCAACGACCAGGUGCCUUCCUACAAGCGUCUACAUGGGGGUGUGGUUGUUUUCCGGGGUGAGGUAAUUCCCAAAAAUGCCUCUGGAAAGAUUCUCCGUCGGCUCUUACGUCAGCGAAAGGGAGAUGAGGUGGUGUUCCCUGAGCGAGCUAAGCUGUAA